GUCGGUCCACCCAGCUCGCUACCAGCAACAACCACACUUGUCCAAGCCCAGUCGACAAUAACAGUCGACUCUUGGAUAUCGUACAAAACUCAAAAGAACCAAUCAUGUCUGCUGAAGAAACCCUCCAGGAUGUGCCAGAAGGCGAGAUCGAGUCCAACUGGGACCAGAUCGUCGACAACUUCGAUAACAUGGACCUGAAGCCUGACCUUCUCCGUGGUGUUUACGCCUACGGUUUCGAGCGCCCCUCUGCCAUCCAGCAGCGCGCCAUCGUCCCCGUCGUGAAAGGUCACGAUGUCAUCGCCCAAGCCCAGUCCGGUACCGGCAAGACCGCCACCUUCUCCAUUUCCAUCCUUCAAAAGCUCGACCCGAACAUCAAGGGCACUCAGGCGCUCAUUCUCGCCCCCACCCGUGAGCUCGCCCAGCAGAUCCAAAAAGUCGUCGUCGCCCUCGGUGACUACAUGAACGUCGAAUGCCACGCCUGCGUUGGUGGUACCAACGUCCGUGAGGACAUGGCUAAGCUCCAGGAGGGCGUCCAGGUCGUCGUCGGCACGCCCGGCCGUGUCUUCGACAUGAUCAACCGUCGCGCUCUCAGGACCGACACCAUCAAGAUCUUCUGUCUCGAUGAGGCCGAUGAGAUGUUGUCUCGCGGUUUCAAGGACCAGAUCUACGAGGUCUUCCAGCUUUUGCCGCAGGACACUCAGGUCGUGCUUCUCUCUGCCACCAUGCCCGCCGACGUAUUGGAGGUCACGAAGAAGUUCAUGCGUGAACCCGUCAGGAUCUUGGUCAAGAGGGACGAGUUGACCCUUGAAGGUAUCAAGCAGUUCUACAUCGCCGUCGAGAAGGAGGAGUGGAAGUUGGACACGCUCUGCGAUCUGUACGAGACCGUCACCAUCACCCAGGCCGUCAUCUUCUGCAACACCAGGCGGAAGGUCGACUGGCUCACCGAGAAGAUGCACUCGAGAGAGUUCACCGUCUCUGCCAUGCACGGCGACAUGGAGCAGAAGCAGCGCGAGGUCCUCAUGAAGGAGUUCCGCUCCGGAUCUUCUCGUGUCCUCAUCACCACCGAUCUCCUCGCCCGUGGUAUCGAUGUCCAGCAAGUCUCGCUGGUCAUCAACUACGACUUGCCCACCAACCGUGAGAACUACAUUCACCGUAUCGGUCGUGGUGGUCGUUUCGGUCGUAAGGGUGUUGCCAUCAACUUUGUCACCACCGAGGACGUUAGGAUGCUGAGGGAUAUCGAACAAUUUUAUAACACCCAAAUCGAUGAAAUGCCCCUUAACGUCGCCGACCUCAUCUAGAUAUAUCGCCACCGCCACGCUCACAUACGCCACACACACUGGUUUCAAGUACUUCGUCGUUCUCGCCUCAUCUGUACCACUCGUCUUCCUUCAAAUCUGGUUACAUCGUCUCCCAUCAUCCUGUACCCACUGCCCUGCCUUCCCUGCCGCCACCCAGUCGCUGAAAUAGCCUUCUACACAAAUAUCAGCCACUGUCGAUCCGAUCAUCCAUCUAUCCAUCUCCUCCUCCAUACCCGUGCAGCACGCCCAAAAACUUGAUCGUACCGUGUAGGGCGUCGUCGUCAUCGGUCCGGAUAUAUCGUCCCCCUUUUCCUCGCCUGGUCUUUUUCUUUCUUUUCCGUUCAAGUCCGCUAUUUCUCUUCUGUUUCCUUAUGCGUUCCCUCGCUACGCUACGACCUCUCUCUCUCUGCCUCUCUCUCUGUCUCGCUGCUAUGUGUCUGUGUUUGUGUGUUUGUGUGUGUGAUACGAUGAUGACGACGUUGAUUUCGUUGGCUGCUAGUAAUAGUGAAGGACUUCGAGUCGACGGUAGUGGGCUAAUACGAGCUCCGGUCUCGUCACGGUUAUGUGCAUAUGCGUAUGAGUCGAGUAGAUUACGAUCAACUAUGACAAUUCUUUUCUUCGC